AUGUCACCACAGUCGUCUGAGCCUCCAAAGGCUCAGGAAAAGUAUGGUGCUGAAACUACUGUCAAGCGAAAUCCACACCCGGAUUUUAUAAAGGUACAAGCAUCUCGACCAGAUUGGGAUGAAUCCCGGCAAUGGCAUCUCACUAAAACUAGAAAUCCUAGCUGGACUUACGGCUCUGGAGCAAGUGAAAAAUCUAGUAUCAACAAAUCCCACGUAUCUAUUGACCCAUAUGCUAAAGGGCGGCCUCCAGUAUAUAAUUACAAGCUCCUCAUAUCUGGUAUCGUCCCAAGGCCGAUCGGAUUUCUCUCAACCACUUCUAAAGAUGGCUCAUCAACGAACCUGGCGCCUUUCUCAUAUACCCAGGUCUUCAACCACGACCCUCCGAUUUUCGCUGUAGGGUUUACCGGUGGUCUUGAGGACGCAAAAGAUACACUGAGAAAUCUGGUGGAUACGGAUGAGGUUGUCAUCAACAUUAUCAGUGACCACUACCUCGAAGCUGCUAACGCAUGUGCCAUCGACCUUCCGUACGGCCAGUCAGAAUGGGUUGCUUCAGGACUUACACCUGUCGAGAGCAAAGUUGUCACACCUUGUCGUGUUAAGGAAGCGGUUUUUAGCAUAGAAGGCAAACUGUUGAACACCCAGGAAUUCGUGUCCCGAACAUAUCCUGGCAAGAAGACUGGGGUCCUGGCCGUUAUCGAAGGAGUACACUUUUGGGUCCGGGAGGACGCCAUCAACGAAGAACAAAAUCUCAUCGAUCCUGCCAUCUUGCGGCCGAUUAGCAGGUUAGGUGGCAUCACCUAUGCCAGGGUGACCGAUGGCUUCGAGAUCCUACGACCAGUACUGAAGCGAGAGCUCGAGGAAGGGAGAAUCGGAGAUGAGCUACUCAAGCCGAAGAUAUAUAUCGAGUCGAAGGGGGCCAUCUUUGCUGCGAUACUACGGCCACUUCGAGAAGGUCGAGAAUGGUGGACUACCUAG